GGUGGGUUUUUUGGGAUUAAGUUAGUCUUUUUGCAUUUUGUAAAAGAUUAAGAAGUUUUAAAAAUUAUAAUUCAGUCUCAUUUUAACUUAAUCACAUUUUUUAGACAAAUUUGACCUUGGCUGGUCAAACUUGUCACCAUUUCUAAUUAGUGAACUUGGAAGUCACCUUUAGUUUAUUUUUCCAACUAAGUUUUACUUUUUUUUUUUUGUUGAUUAUUGAUAUUAAAAAAUAUUUUUCAUUUUUUUAAACUGUAAAUUCAUUUUUAUUAUUAUUUUGAGCCCAUGUGACACAUGUCAUAGUUUUAUUCGUCUCUUUUUCAUAACACAGUGCGUGAAUUAGACGCACCUUUGGUGUUUGGCCCUAUUUUAAUUGUGUGUCUAAGUGAGUGUCUAAGUGACACAGUAAAAGUGAUUUUAGAGGGUUCAGAUGGUACGAGUCUUAAUUGGAGGGUCUAAGUGGAAUUUCUGGAUAAGUCCGAGGGUGACUUAAGCCUACUAUUAAUACCACAUGUUAGGUAUACCGUAUAUAUAUAUAUAUAAACACAUGCUAGGCCAACCCUCUUCUUAGUUUGCUUGCUUGCUCUCUCUGGAAAAUUAAAUUCAAAGUUCGUAACAGCAAAUUAAAUGGCCUUGGAAGAUGGUGGCAAAUGGAAGAACGCUGCUCUUCUUGUCAUAGACAUGCAGAAAGACUUUAUAAGUGGCCCUGUGCAAGUAAAAGGAGGUCAAGCUAUCGUCCCCAAUGUUAUCAAGGCUGUUGAGGUUGCUAGAAACUGUGGCAUUCACAUCGUUUGGGUUGUACGAGAGCAUGAUCCAUUAGGGAGAGAUGUUGAAUUAUUCCGUCGACACUUUUAUACUGCUGGAAAAACAAAGGUGGCAUCAAAGGGAAGUGUAGGUGCUGAACUAGUUGAUGGGCUCGUUAUUGAGGAAGAUGAUUACAAGCUGGUCAAAACACGUUUCAGUGCAUUUCUUAAUACUCACCUUCAUUCAUAUCUUCCGACCAAUGGCAUAACUAGUUUGGUCAUCACUGGUGUCCAAACUCCAAAUUGCAUACGGCAAACUGUGUUUGAUGCAGUGUCAAUGGACUAUAAGCAUGUGACAGUUAUUACUGACCCACAGCGGCUGCUACACCUGAUGUACACACUGGUUGAGGAGAUUUCAAAUUUUCCACUAGAGGACUCAAUCCAAAUAACUUGGUCCAGUUCAUUAGGAUUGUGAAUUUUGAUGUCUCUGAUGUGACUAAUAAUCAGGCAAAAACUGGUUGAGUUUAUUGAUGUUCCAGGAAUUACCAAUAAUGAAGUCGUUAAUAUAGGCUUUGUGAGGGAUAUCGCUGGAGAAAAAAUGUUAGCAAUGGCCCCAAGUUUGUCCAAUUAUCCCAAAGGAAAAAGGAGUUCCCUUUGUUGAUGCUCCAUAAGAUGCUCGGCUCCACUUCAUUCUUGAUAUACAUUAAGCUUCUCCAAGGACCAGAAAUCUUGGAUUUACCAUUUCUAGACACUGGAUGCUGUCUGCUGCAGUAUUUAGCCAUAAAAAAAGCAGACCAAAGAGAAUUUUGGGUUCUGAAUAACCACCAUAAUUUAGCAAUGAAAGAUCUAGAAAUAUCAGUAAUUUGUUUUAUUCCCAAUCUUCCCUCAUCUGUAUGAUAACACAUUUUAUACCAUGCCACCUAGUAAGUUUUCAUCUUGCCUUCCUUCUGAGCAAAAGAACUUUCCAGAAUCUCAAAAACGCCUUUUGGAGGUUGACAAAUAGAAAGAAGAUGCAUAGGCAUUGCUGAUAGAAUAUGUUUGAUCAAAAUGAUUUUGCCUCCAGUAGAAAGAAGGUGACCUUGCCAACUAGUGAUUUUUUUGACAAUUUUAGAAGUCACAGCUGAGAAAUAUUCGAUCUUCUUCUUGCCAAGGUAGAUAGGACAACCCAAAUAUU